UUAUGGAGGCCCAAGGCGGGAAUUUUUUCGCUUACUUAUGGUCGAAACUCAGAAUUCCCUAGGGAUUUUUGAGGGGAAGCCUGGCAGUCUGCUGUUCAGUUAUAGCCAGCAGUUGCUGUCAAGCAACAAGUUUUAUAUGGCUGGUAAACUGAUUGCUUGGUCGAUAGCACACAAUGGGCCAGGGCCACGGUGUAUCAAUAGACACCUGUUCUGUUUGAUGUGUGGCCAGAAGACAUCUCUUGAUGACUUUGAUGUCGAGGUCUUCAUGGACGAUGACAUUAAACAGAACAUAGAAAAGGUUUCCAACUGCAGCACCCCAGAAGACCUGGCAGACUUGAAAAGUCACCUUGGGGACUGGAUUGCAGGCUGUGGUAUCCCUGACAUCUACACUGCCACACUACUUGAUGUUAAGAGGAUAAGGGGCGAGAUUGUAUCUCAUUUUGCGUUUCACAGGGUUGCCAGCAUGAUUCAACAGUUUGUUGCCGGUAUGGACUCGUGUGGUCAAUUCUGGCAAAUGGUGAAGAGAUGCUGGAAGCAGUUCCUUCCUGUAUUUACAAAUGCAGGAAAUAAACUUACAAGGAACAGCUUCCAGGAUCUCUUCACCAUUGGAUGGAGUCCAGCUGGAAGUAACAGACGUGAAGAAGAGGAAGCCACCAUCUUUCAGUGGGAAUGGUGGCUUAUGGCCAUUCAGGAGCAAGAGGUGGACAACACGUUUGAAGAGCUGCUGGUCUUCAUAACUGGGGCUGACUUACUUCCACCACUGGGGUUCCCACAGUCCUGCAACAUAGACUUUUACGAUCAGGAGCCGGGGAUGCGGCGCAUCCCAUACGCAUCAACGUGCAGCUUAUCCCUGUAUCUUCCAAGAGGUGUUGCAGAUGAAGAUCAAUUUAAAGAUCUUAUGAACGAUGCAUUAAAAGGAUCCCUUGGAUUUGGAAAGGUGUAGCUGCAUACAUGAACUGAUGCUGGGAAGCUAUGGUUAAAACCUGUGGCCUUUUGGGAUGAAGUUGUUAUUGUAAGUGUUAAAUGGGAUUGCUCCUGGCACUCAGGCUUCUUAAAGAUUUUACAUUUUAAGUGUUUUUACAAAUGACUAUUCAUUGUGUAUAUAGUUGUAUUUAUGGUCCAGUUAAGACAACUGGGGUAUGCAUGUAUCAAGCCAUGCAAAAUAAGUGGUGUUCAGAAGUUUACAGUAUUGGAAGGAAAAUGACAAUUCAUCUAGAAAUAUUAGUUUGAAAGUUUGUUGUGGAUUGUUUGUUCAAUUACAGUACACUGCAUAGUGUGGGUUUUGUUUUUAAUUUAUUUUUUUCAAGAUGUACAACAGAUGCCAAACUUUGAACUGAAAGACAUUGACU